GAAUAGUAGCAAUAUUUCAGAUGUGAGAACAUCAUAGCAUUCAUAUAUAGUUUGGCGGCCUCCAGAGGAAGGAAAUGUCUUUUAAACCUAAAGGUGGAUAAUCCAAACUUAACCGUGUUAACCACCGUCUUCACAUGUUUCUUAAAUGUCAAGUUGGACUCCAAAAUGACACCAAGAUACUUGAAGAUAGACACAGCGUUCAGAUUCUCCCCAUUAACAAGAACAGCUCGUUGGGAAGAAUCAAUGGAUUUCUUAGAGAAGUACAUACAACAGUCUUGUCGAUAAUUCUUGUCUGCAUCACCACCUAUGUCCAGUUUAGAUUUAAUGCAAUCCAGAAAAUAGCAAUUGUCUGUUUCGGUGGAAUGGUUAGUUCUGAAUCCAAAUGGCAUUUGAUGUAUGGAGUUCCCCUUGAAUGAGGCGAUCAGUAAGAUGAUCAGCCACCCAUCUUUCAGCUACUUUUGAUAGCACUGGAAGGAUGCUUAUAGGUUGGUAAUUUUCCACCAGUGUUGGGUCACUAGAUUUUAUCACUGCAGCAGACUUCCAAGCAUUGGGGAAGAGCACAUAUUUGAUGGACAGAUUCACUAGAUGUACAAUAGGGGCAAUCAGAGAAUAUUUGUCUGUUCAGGAAUACAGUGCUUAGACCAAAUACAUAUUUUGUUCUAGAGCUCCUGAAGAAGCUAAUAAUACUGUCCACUGCUGACGUUGAGAUUUCAGGAAUUCUGAAUAUUGGUUUAUUAUUAUCUCUGGGAGUGAGAACUGUGAACAUGCAUAUAUAGUUGAAAAUGUUUGAGCCAGUUCCAUGACAGAGUCAACAAAAACAUUGUUAAAGGUGGUGGAUAUGAAAUUGGAGUCUUGAAUUAGAAUUCCAUGAACCUUUAAUUCAGGAUGUUUUUUUUGACUUUUCAGCUGUUAGUUUGUUGAGAUUUUCCCAAAUCACUUUGCCAUUUUCUUUUGCUUCAUUGAUCACUCUAAGAAAGAACACUGCUUUUUUUAUAUUCUUAAUUACCUUAUUUCUCAGUGAUGCAAAUAUACAUCUGCCAUCAUUCUUACCAGACUUCAGUGCUUUUUUCAAUGAAAAAUCACGUUCUCUCAUCUGCCUCCAGAGGUCCUCAUUGAGCAAUGGUAAAGAGGUUUUCUGUCUUGGCUUACGUUGAAAUGUCCUAGUAAAAGAGGUAUCCACGUUGUCAAUAGCUGACAGAAAUGUUCUGUAUCCAGACUCUGGGUCUUCAUUGCUUAACAGUUCAGACUAGUCCAUUUGACUUAUAGCUACAUUGUAGUUACUCUGCUCACUUUUCUGGAUUUUUGUAUCAUACUGUUACACAUUAAUAUGGUUCUUAAAUCUCUUUUUAGUGAGCUUUCUAACCACCAAUGUAACAUUGUGGUCAGAUAUGCCAGUUGGUAAGAUACUGGACUUAAUUAUUCGAUCAGGUCUGUUAGUAAACACCAGAUGCAUUUGAGUCUGGGAUGACUGUGUUACUCUGGUUGGACCUUGUAUUAUUUGAGCCAGGUUGAAAUCAUCUGUGAUCUCUUUGAGUUUUUUCCUACAAGUUUUGUUUUCCCAGUUUACAUUGAAAUCGCCCAUGAAGAUAAUCUCCUUCUUAUGAUCACAUUCUUUAAGCAUGGCAUUUAGAUGGUCAAUGGGGUAUAAUCUAAACUAAAUGUUAUUCAGAAGGCAGUCUAUUGACUAAUGUUGAGGUGCUCAGACUCAAACAGUAGCCUAUGGUGGAAGAUCUACAACCCACCUGCUUAUAUCUAUUCUAGACCCUUCAGAUCUGCAAAUUUAGGAUUAGAUAAGGAUUAGGGCCGAUGGGAAGUGGAAGGGAGUGAAUUGGGACGGCUCUCAGUGGUUUGUGGUACUUGUGUGUUUUUCAGAGGAUGAAGAGCCAACAGCACACCUCCAGAUACCUGCUGCUCCAUGUGUGGUGCGGGUUUCUCACAGUCGCAAUGGGGAUUAUGGUCGCAGUUCUCACAACAGUGCAAAUAAGCUCACCUGACAAGAGUAAUUUAUCUGAAUCAAAGGAUGGAAACCAGCACUCUCCAAACGGCAGUUUUCUGGCUCAAUUGAAUUCAUCAAAGGCUCCCCAUCUCUCGUAUAUCCAGCUGACCAUGGGAAAAUUUUCUUGGGAGAAUGACCAUGAUGCCCCCGUCUGUGGCUCUUGCUCCCUCGUCCUCCGCGACAACUCUGUCUACAUCAGAUCUGAAGGCUUCUACUACUUCUAUGUCCAGGUCACCUUCACUAGGCACACCGGGGGAGAGGAGAAGAGGAAGGUGACUCUGUUCAAAAAUGGCAUUCAAAAUAAGACCCAGCAGAGGAAACUGAGUGAAGCCGUGUAUCACGGAGAGAAAGAGGGCACUGUAUUCAUGUCCAGGAUGGUUAAGCUCCAACAAGGUAACAGUCUCAGCCUUGAGAUAACAUCCAAGAAUAAUAGUUUUAGGUAUGGGGGAGAGAAUACCUACUGGGGGGCAUAUCAGCUCCCCCCAUAUUAAGCCUAACAGACAUUGUUAAUGAGAAUUAGUUCAAGAUUGAACCAAAGAAGCUGUUAAAACAUUGUUUUAAAAAGCUGUAGUUGCUAAACUGAAUUUAUUUUGUGAAAACUAUAACUGUUAUGCAUAUGCAUUGUUUGUUUCGCUGAACAGAUUUGAUUAUAAUAAUUAUAAUAAUAUAUAAUGAGG